AUGGACAGUGAGUUUGGACUGAAGAGCAGCAGCCUCAUCAGAGAAUGGAGUGGACAGGUCCAGCCUGCUCUAGUGGCCACGUUUGUGUUCCUCUUCUGUCUGGAAGCCUGUCUGUGGGUGAAGAACUUCCGGCUCAAGAGAAGACUCCCUGGACCCUUUGCCUGGCCGGUGGUGGGCAAUGCCAUGCAGCUGGGACAGAUGCCUCACAUCACCUUCGCCAGACUGGCCAAGAAGUAUGGGAACGUGUACCAGAUCCGCCUGGGCUGCAGUGACAUCGUGGUCCUGAACGGGGAGAGGGCCAUCCGUCAGGCUCUCAUUCAGCACAGUGCAGAGUUCGCAGGCAGACCCAACUUCGUAUCCUUCCAAUUUGUUUCUGGAGGAAGAAGUAUGGCUUUUACUAAUUACACUAAACAGUGGAAAGUACAUAGGAAACUUGCCCAAUCCAGCCUCCGAGCAUUUUCCUCCGCUAACAGUGAAACUAAGAAAGCCUUUGAGCAGCACAUCAUAGCCGAGGCCAUGCAGCUGGUGCAGAUAUUUCUGCAGCAAAGUAUAGAUGGACAAUAUUUUGACCUUUCUCAAGAAUUCCCUGUAGCUAUUGCUAAUGUCAUGUGUGCCCUGUGCUUCGGAAGGCGGUAUGGUCAUGAGGACCUGGAGUUCAGGACUCUGUUGAAGAGAGUGAAUAAGUUUGGAGAGACAGUUGGAGCCGGCAGCUUGGUGGACGUCAUGCCGUGGCUCCAGUCGUUCCCAAACCCUGUGCGCAGUCUCUAUGAAAACUUCAAAAGUCUGAAUGAAGAGUUCUUCUCGUUUGUGAAAGAUAAAGUUGGGCAACACAGAGAGACUUUUGACCCAGAGGUGACCCGGGACAUAAGUGAUGCAAUUAUAAAUGUGAUUGAGUGUGGAAAGGACAAUGGACUGAGCAAAGAGUUUGUGGAGGCAACAGUGACUGAUCUGAUUGGAGCAGGUCAAGACACUGUGGCCACAGCCAUGCAGUGGAUCAUCCUCCUCCUUGUCAAGCACCCAGACAUGCAGGCCGAACUACACUCCGUCAUAGACAAAGUGGUGGGUCCAGACCGACUCCCGACCAUGGAGGACAAGCACAGCAUGCCUUACCUGGAUGCUUUCAUCUAUGAGGUCAUGCGCUUCACCAGCUUUGUCCCCGUUACAAUCCCUCACUCCACCACAGCAGACGUCUCUAUCGAAGGCCUGCACAUUCCCAAAGACACCGUGGUCUUCAUCAACCAGUGGUCAGUAAACCACGACCCUCUCAAGUGGUCUGACCCUCAGAUUUUUGACCCCACACGUUUCCUGGAUGAGACCGGAGCACUGGACAGGGACCUGGCCAACAGCGUCAUGAUCUUCUCCACAGGUAAAAGACGCUGCAUUGGAGACCAGAUCGCCAAAGUGGAGAUCUUUUUAUUCACAGCCAUCCUGCUGCAUCAGUGCUGCUUUGAGAGCAACCCUUCAGUGGGGGUCUCUCUGGACUGCUCAUACGGGCUGACGCUGAAGCCUCUCCACUUCUGUCUCCGAGCCAAGCUGAGAGGAAAGCUGCUGGGCUUAGUGUCCCCGGCAUGA